GAUCGUUUUAUCAGUCUUACAGAAGUAAGCGUGCAUAAUUUGUUACGUAAUUACGUUAUGGCAAUCGUUGUGAGUCUGUUGCUAGUACUAAUUCUAUUACUUGUCACUAGCCAAGGCGUUCCUCAAAAUAAUGAAGCGACGAGAUAUAAAGCUGUGGAAAAUUUCGACGAAAAUCAAUUUCGUCUACCAAAGCACGUCGUGCCCAUUCGUUACGACGUAAAACUAAUACCUCAUAUUGUCGAAAAUAAUUUCACCACUAAUGGCGAAACGAGCAUCGAUGUCGAAGUACGCGAACCGACGAGCGCCAUCGCAUUGCACGCCUUACGACUCACAAUAGAGGAAUCGUUGACGAAGAUAAUUCGCAAAGACGUAAACGACGUGAAUUUUAAAUCAGAGCACGUUCUAGAGCAACAUGAAUAUAAUGAGGUAACGCAAAUUUUGACUCUACGAUUCGAGGGGUCGCUGGACCCUGGCAUCUACACGCUGCAUUUUAAUUUCACGGGCGUGAUACUUCCUAACGCUUGGACGCGCGGAUUUUAUAGAAGUUUUUAUACCGACAACGAAGGGAACAAGGUAUGGCUGGCAGUAACACAUUUUCAACCACCCUUCGCGCGACAGGCGUUCCCGUGUUGGGACGAACCUGCCAUGAAAGCGACCUUUAAAUUUUCCAUAAAGCACUACCCUAAUUAUACAGCGUUGUCGAAUAUGCCAUCUACGCGAUCGGAAGUCGAUGCAACCGACGGAAAAUUAUGGACGCACUUCGAGACAACUCCUAUUAUGUCCACCAACUUACUAGGAUUUGUGAUCGCUGAUUACGAUUACGUCUCAAAUUUGGACGGUACUAUCAAAAUAUGGGGUCCAAAACAUCUUCUUUCUCAUGCCGCAUAUUCUCUCGACAUUGCUGAAAAAGCAACGCAGGAGCUCGAAAAAUUCACCAACAGCACCGUUCGUGUACCGAAAAUGGAUCAUGUUGGUGUCCCACAUUAUGACAGUAGAGCCACUGAAAACUGGGGUAUGAUCGUUUAUGCACAAAACAUACUUCUUGAAGACAAGAGCGCACAUCCGAUUAAUAAAAUGUUGGAUACUAUGACAAUCACUCACGAAUUAGCGCAUCAAUGGUUCGGAAAUUUAAUCAGUCCAAUUUGGUGGAAGUAUCUUUGGUUGAGUGAAGGCAUAUCGACUUAUUUGAAAUUCUACAUUACUGACAAGUUUUUCAAAGAAAAACGGUUGAUGGAUUUUAUGGUAGUGAAUAUUGAACAACAAGUGCUGUACAAAGAUUCCAUUCGGUCUAAGCCGAUUCAUGUAAAUAUCUCUGGUCACCGAAAUGUUUAUACGGCAUACUCUAUUGAAACGUAUAGAAAAUCUGCUCUUCUUUUGCGAAUGGCAUCGUAUUUCUUGAGGGAGGAUGUGUUUCGAAACGGUUUGAUAAAAUAUCUUCAAGCACAUGAAUACAACAGUACUACACAAGACGAUUUAUGGAAAGCAUUACAAGACGCUCUCGAUGAAUCGGAUGUACCGCAUGACGAUUUUAAAGUAAAAGAAGUAAUGGACACUUGGUUCGAGCAGGCAUGGUAUCCUCUCGUUACGAUCAAUCGUGAUUACGAUACAGGCCGAAUUAAGAUAACGCAAGAAAUAUUUAAAUACUCGCCAACCAAUCAUAAUGUUAAUGGAAACGAGGCAUGGUGGAUCCCUUUAAAUUUUGCGACGCAAAAUAACUUGGAUUUCUCGUCCACGUUAGCCACCCAUUGGCUGAAACCGCACGACGAAGAUGUAACAAUCGAAGGAGUGAACACUAACGACUGGAUUAUUGCAAAUAAGCAUCUGACAGGAUUUUAUCGUGUAAAUUACGAUACAACCAAUUGGAAAAGAAUCGCUGCUUUUCUUAAUUCUGACAACUACGAUAAAGUCCCAGUUUUGAAUCGUGCACAAAUCCUCGACGACGCUUACUAUAUGAUGCAGACUGAACGACUUGACCCUGUUACUUUCGUUGAAAUUAUAAAUUAUUUGUCGCGCGAAACUGAUCCUGCACCGUGGUACAGAGCAUUCCGCAACCUUGAGGUGUACUUAAAGGACUACUUGCGGUUACCCGAAGGAGCGGCGAUCCUUAAGCCAUAUUUAUCCAACUUGAUGCAUAAACUAUUUGAGCACAUUAAUUUUGAAGAGAAUCCCAAUGAUGAUCCUUUCACUGUACAUGUCAGAGCUUAUCUGUACAAAUACGAUUGUAUGUAUGGACUUUCGGAAUGUCAAGCAAAAGUUACUGCUAAAUUGCUUGCAUAUAUGGAGGACCCAAUCGCAAACAAACUAUCACCCAAUCAAGAAUUGAUAUAUUGCUUUGGUCUAAUAAAGGCAAAUGAGUCUUUUUGGAAUCAAUUCUUGCAAGCACAACAGAGAAAAUUAAAAUCUGAGACGUGGUUUCUUGGUUGUUCGGAGAAUUUGCAAAUUAUAGAAAGACAUUUAAAUUCUUUCUCCGAAGAUAUGGAGAAUUAUUACAAUAUCUUCUAUAACAUGCUCGAACGUUUACCAAAUAUAGAUGUAGCAAUUGAAUAUUUUAUUAAUAAUUAUGAGAAAUUUGACCAAAAUCUUAAUCAUGCAUUUAUUCUUCAUGUAAUAAAACAGAGCAUCAUCAUGAAUAGUUUCAGAGAAGAUCAAAUUAACAAGAUAAAAGCAUUCGCUGAACAACAUAAAAUCCAUAUGCCACCACAUUUAAAUGAUAGAAUAGCAAUGUUAUCUAAAAUGAAAGAUGAUUUGUCGAAAGUUCGUAGCGCGUUGGAAAACAGACAAUCUAUCGAUACGUUAAACAAUCAUAAUCAAAUAGUUGACAAGUAUCACAAAGAAAUGGAGGAGUACUACGGAGAACAAAGUACAAUAGCCACAAUCCUCGAUGGAACGUCGCAAUGUCUCACUACCACUGAAUCAAUAAACAAAUUCGACAGACUUAUAAAUAAUCACAGGGAGGACUUUACGUCGAUUCAACAAUCUCUGGAGCGCUCCUUAAAGAUUGCUCAGCAUGAAUUGGAACUGUUCAACUCCUAUUCGGCAUCUAUAAUUCAACGAUUACGAAAAUACGACGAGGCAAAAUUUCCCCUACCCGAGAAUAUAAUUCCUAAAAGUUACAUCGUUUCCGUCACGCCUUAUUUUGAAGAUGAAGAUGCUACCUUCGACGGAAAGGUGACAAUCAAAGCCGAUGUUAAGCAACAUCCGACAAGCCAGAUCGUUUUACACUGGUCGGGAAUUGAAAUUAAACGACACAAUGUGACAUUCAAAGUGAAAAAUAAGAAUAUUAUGAACAAAGUCCUGAAAACAAAAAUCAAAGAGCGAUAUGACUUUCUCGUGAUAUAUCUUGAAAAAGAACUACCCAAAGACGCGGAAGUGACCAUUGAAAUCGAAUACACGAGUUCUUUGAAUCCGGCAGAGCUUCGUGGCUUUUACAAAAGUUCUUACGUAAACGAGAACAAUGAAACGAGAUGGCUUGUUGCCUCGCACUUGGAACCCGUUGGCGCUAGAAAAAUGUUCCCUUGCUUCGAUGAACCAGCAAUGAAAGCGACCUUCACUGUUGAAGUUAGCGUGCCGCCAAAUUACGAGCCCAUCAGUAAUAUGGUGUAUCAGGCGCUCCUAAUUGGCGAUAAUCGUACAACAUACACCUUCUAUGAGACACCAAAAAUGUCCACGUAUUUAGUGGCACUUAUUGUUUCCGAUUUCAAGUCUAACUCCACAAGAAUGCAGGAUGGAACUACAUUGUCUGUACAUGCACGUACCAAUGCCAUCGAUCAAACCGAUUACGCUUUAUCCAUAAUAUCGCCAUUGAUGAGCUUCUUCGAAAAAAGAUAUAACCAGAAAUAUCCGCUCUCAAAGCUUUCUAUGGCUGCACUGCCUGAUUUCGGAUCAGGCGCAAUGGAGAAUUGGGGCCUUUUAACAUACAGGGAAUCGAGCAUGUUAUACGACGAGAAUCACUCGCCGAUCACAAACAGGCAGGAUAUCAGAAACGUGAUUGCUCAUGAAAUCUCCCAUCAAUGGUUCGGAAAUUUGGUCAGUCCUCGGUUGUGGAAGUAUUUGUGGUUGAACGAGGGAUUCGCUCGAUACUUCGAGUAUCGCGCUCCUGCUCGUGUAUUUAAUGACACGACGUCGGAAUCGCAGUUUGUAGUGGACCAAGUACAUUCUGCUUUCAAGGCAGAUAGUUCCAAAUCUGCACAUGCCCUGAGUCACGAUGUAGCAUCCCCUGAACAAAUUCGAAGUAUAUUUGACACAAUCACAUAUGCCAAAGGUGGUAGCAUAUUAAGAAUGGUCGAGAAAACAUUUGGUACCGAUGUAUUGGAUAAAGCAUUAACUGAUUAUCUCAGCAAAGGACAAUACAACUCUACCGAGCCCGACCACUUGUAUGACUCACUUCAACAACAGAUAAAUGAGAAGGGACUGAAAGAAGAUAUUAAAGUCAUCUUAGACACAUGGACAAUUCAGCCUGGCUAUCCCAUCGUCAAUGUCCACGUUUCAAAUACAUUUAUAGUUAUGAAUCAGAAACGUUUCUUCCUUAAAAAAGAAGAAGAUAAUUCUGAUACUACUAUGUGGUACUACAUUCCAAUCACAUGGACAUCAGUUCAGAAUAGUUCAAAAGACUCUGAUACCACGCCGAAAUUAUGGAUGAAACAUAGAAUAACAAGAGUACUAAACCCGUUACCCAACUCACUUUUAAUCUUCAACAAGCAGCAAUCAGGUUUUUAUCGUGUAAAUUACAAAAAAGAACAUUGGAUGGAGCUGAUUGAUUAUCUUAAAAAUGAGAAUUUUGAAACAAUUGACGAAAUCAAUCGCGCAGCAUUAAUUGAUGAUCUUAUGAAUCUUGCAAGAGCAGGCUACAUUGAUUACAAAAUUGCCAUAUCCGCUACAAUGUAUUUAAAACAAGAAACUAGUUAUUAUCCCUGGAUUGCGUUCUUCAAUAAUCUGCCCUAUUUGAACAAUCGUUUUACGGGACGCGAUAUUGAAGGCUUAUACAAAAAUUGGUUAACAUCGUUAGUAGACAAAAUUUUGGGAAAUUUAGGAGGCUUUGGGGAUGAUAAGGAAAUAGACGACGAUCUGACUAUGAUGUUAAGAAAACAUACUCGCAAUUGGGCCUGUAAAUUAGGUAUCGAUCGUUGUAUAUUCACGGCUCUAGAAUAUUUCCAAGAGAAACAACAUUCGAAAACAAUACCUCCGAAUUACCGCGACGUCGUUUACUGUACAGCCAUGAGAAAGGAUAAGACAGAUUAUAGCUACAAAUUUCUCUGGAAAGAAUAUUUGAGUAGUAAUGUGAACACAGAUAAACUUGUAAUUCUUAAUUCGUUGGCUUGUUCAGAGAACAAAGUUGUUUUAGAAACAUUAUUGCAAGAAGCAAUCACACCGAAUUCGAAUAUACGGUACCAAGAUAGCGCAAAAGUAUUCUCAAGCGUUUACGAUGCAAGUUUAAUUGGCGUUGAAGUCGUGAUGGAAGUGAUUGAAAAAUAUUACGAUAAUCUAUUGCAGCGACAUUAUAAUGAUUACACAAAAAUCGCAAAUAUAGUGAGCGCUUUGGCAAGCAGAUUAUCCACCAAUGAUCUCUUUGAAAAGUAUCAAGGAUUACUCGAGUGGCUGGUUGACAAAGAACCAGAAUUCAAAAGAUACGUCGAUUCCUAUUUGGCAACGGCGAAAUAUGAAUUCGAUUGGUACGACACUAAAGCGCCGGUAGUUUUUGAAACAUUGGACAAUCUAUUUUUGAGCAAUACGCACCGCUUGCCGAAAGCGCUUGAGCCGAGACUGUAUGACAUACAUCUCACACCUCACAUGGAAGAAGGCACCUUUGAAGGAAAAGUGAAAAUACACAUGGAAGUUCGGGAAAAUACGCCGUUGAUAGCUCUCAAUUCUCACAAACUCGAUAUCUUAAAUGUCAAAGUCUUCAGAAAUGGCGCAGAAAUACAGUUGGUAAAUUAUACGACUCAUAUCCCGCAACAACUAAGGAUAUAUUUGUCCAACUAUGUACAUGCGAAUGAGGAGAUAAUAGCGGAAAUCGAUUUUAACGGGACUCUUAAUGACGAUAUGAACGGAUUCUAUCGUAGUUCAUAUCUCGACAACGGAGUGCAACACUGGCUAGCUACAACACAAUUCGAGCCUACGUAUGCUAGACAAGCUUUCCCCUGCUUCGACGAACCAGCGUUUAAGUCGAGGUUUACAAUUAACAUUCAAAGGCCAAAGAAUUACUACAAAUCACUGAGUAAUAUGCCACUGGAAAAAGAAACUCCAGUGAACGAUGAGUAUGUAUUGGACACAUUCUACACUAGCAACGUUAAUAUGUCGACAUAUCUGGUAGCGUUUGUUGUCUCCAAAUUUAAAUCUACAUCCAAACCUGAUAACGAACAUCUCAACGUAUGGGGUAGACCGGAAGUCGCAUCACAUGGCGAACGCGCUCGAAUCAUUGGCAUGCAGGUUAUUUACGAGUUGGAAAAUAUUACCGACAUCGACUUUCCUUUGCCUAAGCUGGACUUGAUAGGAAUUCCAGAUUUCUCGAACGGCGCGAUGGAAAACUGGGGCCUUGCUACUUUCCGCGAGUACGGACUUUUCUUUGAUAAAAAAGAAACUACAUCCACAUACGAAAAAUACGUAUCCAACGUAAUAGCGCACGAACUUACUCACAUGUGGUUCGGAAAUCUCGUUACUUGCGAAUGGUGGGAUUACAUUUGGCUCAACGAAGGUUUCGCGGAAUAUUUCGAAUGGUUUAUAUCUGAGCAGAUACACCCAGAAGAUAAAUUCAUGGAUCAAUUUGUGGUUUACGAGCUGCAUCCUGCUCUGGCAAAAGAUGCUUCGACUUCAACACACUCAAUGACAAAUCGUGUCAGGACACCAGAAGAAAUAGCUGAUAUUUUUGAUUACGUCACUUACGGGAAAUCCUCCAGUGUCUUGCGAAUGAUGUUCAAUGCAUUCGGCCAAAACGCUACCAUAUCGGCACUCCGUGAUUAUUUAACGAAACGAAUGUACAGUACGGCACGUCCCGCGGAUUUAUGGGAAAGUUUCGAGUCAUUUGUAAAAAUACCAAUUCUCAAUAGAGAUGCAAGCGUCGAGGAAGUCAUGAGUACUUGGACGGAUCAACCGGGAUAUCCCGUCGUGAAUGCCACAUACAUUAGUUCCAUACUAACGCUUUCUCAGGAACGGUUCCUAAUAAAUAAAAAUAAACCUGACGAUGAGCCUAAGUUUAGUGAGUUUUACUGGAUACCAAUUACUAUAUUUGUUCAAUCCAACAUGUUGAACGACAAUAUAACUUCAGAGGUCACAUGGCUAGGAUCAACACCUCAGACAAAAAUUAUUAAUUCUAAUAACGAUUGGUUCAUUGUAAAUUACAAACAAACUGGCUUCUACCGUGUUAAUUACGAUCCUUUCUCGUGGAAGAAAAUAAUCAACCAGCUAAAUAAUAAAGAAUUCGAAAAGAUCGAUGUCUUGAAUCGCGCGCAAAUUAUAGACGAUCUCUUCAACCUGGCUCGCGCUAAUUACGUAGAUUACGAAUUACUGAUGAGCGCAUCGACAUAUUUGAAACAAGAGAAAAAUCAUUUACCCUGGAAAGCGUUCUUCAACGGCCUCUCAUAUGUUCAUGAGAGAUUUGAACAGCAUAGUACUGGAAACAACAGUCAAUUCCUGAAGGACCUAAAUGGAUAUCUUUUGGAUUUAGUAUCUGACAUGUAUGAUAAAGUAGGAUUUGAAGAUUACGCACUUGAGAAACUUUUAGACAAAUUGAAUCGAGAAAUAAUUCUCCAAUGGACUUGCAAGUUAUACAACAAUCGCGGAUGGGAAAACAUUUUAUAUGCCUUGAAAUACGAUGAUCUGAAUAAUAUUCAUGUGUUAAAUAGAGCUGCAAUUGUAGACGAUCUGUUGAAUCUGGGUAGAGCAGGGUAUAUAAGUUAUGAUACGGUUCUCGAUGGAUUGUAUUAUCUCCCGAGGGAAACAGAUUACCUACCUUAUAAAGCAGCAUUUAAUGGUUUGGAAUUUCUAAAUAAGCGAUUUACUGGAUCGAUGGAACACACUUUAUUUAAGGUAUACGUCGAGUCUCUUAUCGAAAAUGCAAACGUCCGUCUAGAAUAUGAUGAUAACAAAAAUGAUGACAGAUUAACGAUUCUGUUACGACGAGAUGUGAAUAAUUGGCUUUGUAAGCUCGACAAUAAGGAAUGUGUAACGACUUACACAGAGAAAUUUAAAGCGUGGAGGACAAAUUCUGCUGCCCGAAUCGAACCGAACGCAAGGCCCACAGCGUACUGCACAGCCAUAAAACAUGGAACUUCUGAUGACUGGGAAUAUUUGUGGCAGGAAUACUUUAAUUCUAAUUAUCCGACUGACCAAAUGGUGAUCCUAAACGCUUUGGGAUGCAGUCAAAAUACCACCAUCUUAGAAAAGUAUCUGAAAUAUGCCAUUGCCGGUUAUGAAACCAGUCGCAUUCGAAAACAGGACAGCAAGACCGUUUUUGCCGCCGUUUAUAAUUCUGGCCUGCUUGGCGCCGAAUACAUUCUUGAUUUUGUUGACAAGUAUCACAAAGAAAUGGAGGAGUAGUAAGUUAUCUUUAUAAUAUAUUAAUUAUG